GUGGGGGCAAGGGAGGAGCUGGGCCUUUGGGCUGCACUUGGGGGAGCCGGGAGUGGACGUGGUGUCGGCUGGAAGCCCGUGGCCCUGGGUUUCCCGGGAGGACAGUCAUUAAACAUGGGAUCGGCCACACAGCUGGCAGAGCGUUGGGGGCAGGGGCCCAGUCCCAGGAACUGCAAUUCCAGCCUUUUCCAGACCAGAUCCGGAUCCCUGGCCUUCUCCACCUAGUUCUGAUCUCUCCCUCCCUUUCCAGGGCUCCAAGCUGGCUGGGAGAAUGAAAGGCCUCAGCUGGAGGCUCCUUGCCACCAGCACUGGGUCCUAAGAGCUGCCAUCCAGGCUGGCCGCCCGGAUGGCGACCCCAGCCUCUGCCCCAGACACACGGGCUCUGGUGGCUGACUUUGUAGGCUAUAAGCUGAGGCAGAAGGGUUAUGUCUGUGGAGCUGGCCCCGGGGAAGGCCCAGCAGCCGACCCUCUGCACCAAGCCAUGCGGGCAGCUGGAGAUGAGUUUGAGACCCGCUUCCGGCGCACCUUCUCUGAUCUAGCCGCUCAGCUGCAUGUGACCCCAGGCUCAGCCCAGCAACGCUUCACCCAGGUGUCCGACGAACUUUUCCAAGGGGGCCCCAACUGGGGUCGUCUUGUGGCAUUCUUUGUCUUUGGGGCUGCCUUGUGUGCUGAGAGUGUCAACAAAGAGAUGGAGCCACUGGUGGGACAAGUGCAGGAUUGGAUGGUGACCUACCUGGAGACGCGCCUGGCUGACUGGAUCCACAGCAGUGGGGGCUGGGCGGAGUUCACAGCUCUAUACGGGGACGGGGCCCUGGAGGAGGCGCGGCGUCUGCGGGAGGGGAACUGGGCAUCAGUGAGGACAGUGCUGACGGGGGCUGUGGCACUGGGGGCCCUGGUAACUGUAGGGGCCUUUUUUGCCAGCAAGUGAGAAAGUCUGGGGCCAGGUGGGGCUAGGUUGUGGCUAGGUGCCAGAACUGGAACAAAACAGAGAAUGCCCUUGGAAGAAAUCAGAUGGUCAGGGAACAGAAAAGGGCAGGGGAGGUGGUGUGUGAGGGAGCUGAGCCUGCCAGGCAGGUGGCAGGAAGGAUGAGUUGGAAAUACUGGGGAAUGCUUGAAGGCCAGGAGCCCAGGAGAUGGAGUGAUUCCAGGGUUUGGGGGGAGGUGGAGGGAUCCUGCCUUUUGUUGUGGGCACAUGACUACCUGGAGCUUGGUUUGUGGCUCUGAGGAAGGUGGACUUCCACAAGGAGUUGUGUCUCCAUUGGAUAAGUGGGAUUUAGGGAACCUAGAAUUUACAUCCCUUUGGAGUGGAAGCUUGGUGAUCAGGAGAUUGGGGGAAGUGACUGUGGUUGUGGGCUGUUUGGACACGUGUGCAUGUGCACAUGCACGCAUGCUCAUGUGCAUGCUGGGCUGUUUGUCUAAUCUGGUGGUGGGAUUCUUCAGUGAGAAAACAUUCCUUCUUGCAGUGGCAAGAACAAGGGACAGUUCACUGCCCCUCUUCCCCCUCUGCCCUUUCCCCUUGGCCUGAUGCUUCAAGGCUGAGGGAGGAACACUAUCUAGAUAGAGGGCUCUGGCACUCCCCUGCAGAAAGUUGUUGGCAGGGCUUUGGCGAGAAGAGCUCUGCAGCUGGCUUGUUCUUCAUUGUCCCCCUUGUGUGCAUCUUUGCACUUGCUGCUGCCUCCUGGGCUGACAUAGGGCUGUGGGUGUGGGUGAGUGGAAGCUUUGGUAGCUGGACCUGCCUGCCGCCUUCCCUUCCCACCAUGGCACAAUGGUGCCUAAGUACUGCCUAUUUCUAGGACCUCUGUAUCCAACUUCAAUUCUAAAUUGGGGCUCUUAUUUUCUUUUUGAGGAUAUGGACAUACACACUGAUCUGGAAUUCAGCUUGGGUCCUGCACUGUGUCUCGGUGAGACUGCUGAUGCCUUGAAAGGGCCAUUCCAGCUCUAAGCCCCUUGGGUGUGAUGGUGAUAGGUACCACCUCACUGAAUUAUUUUGUGUGGUGGGCUUUGGUGCUGCUUUAUCAGGGGCCAGGUAUAUGGGUUCUUAGAGUACCUAACCCUGACCUAGACACAUUAGUUUCCUUUGAAGCCUCAUGCUCUUUGCAUGGGUGUUACUUGUCUGUACUUGAGUGUCUAAGGAUGCUAACAUUAGAACUCACAGUCCAGCCCUGAACAAGCUCCAGACGAUAGCUUUUUCUUUUGAGAAAUUAUUCACUCCAAAUGCAUGCCCUGAGCCAGACCUCACUGCUGCACUUUCCGAGGUGCUAACAUUGCUGCUCUUCGAUGCUGACUUUGAUCAGUGCUCUAGAACCCUGCUUGUGAUCCUGAGCACUGAUCAACUUACUAGACCAUAGCUGACUCGAUUUAGAGAUUUUCACUUGGUCCUAGAAUGUGGCAUCAUAUUGCGCUUGCUAGAAUGUGGGACCACAUUGGCCUCAGGUGUUAAUCCAGACUUUUGCUUUUGAGAGAGGGUUGCACUUUUUAAUGGUAUUUAUGGGGGAUGUGGUAGACUGCAUGUGCCAUGUGGUCUGUUGAAUGUGCUGGUACAAGAACUCAGAGCUGGUCUGUGGCAGGCAGUUGGGGUUGGGGUUAGGGGCUCUGACUUGCUCAGGACAAACCAGGCCAGUGGUUUUCAAACUGCUUGGCAGAGCCCCAAAGUGUCCUAGGGGUUGCCUCAGGAGUCCUUAGGGAGAUGAGGGAGUAGUGGGCUGAGCAUGCUGGGCAACUUGCCCUUAAACAGAACAGCUUCUCUUGUAGCUGUUUUAUGUAUCGGGGUUCAGGGUAAGAUUUUAUUUGCAUUAAGGG